AUGUCUCGCCUUUACACCCGCAACUCGCGUGGUCGCCAGCCCAUGCUGGGUACCACUAUCAAAUUCUCCAAGUCCAAAGAACACCCCAAUGACACAUAUCAACCGAAGCAAAAGAGGGGUCGGCCUGCUCGCAAAUACACAGUGACAAAGAAAUCGUCUGGCAAAAGGAAAAGAGCAGACAGCUCGACCUCGGAGGGGGACCUCUCGUCCGCCUUCGGGUCGGAGACCGCAGACGAUGCCUCGGACGAAGACAGUGAGGAUGAAGCCGAUGAUGAAGACGACCUGCCAGCAGUAAAAGCCCCGUCUCGUUCUCGGAGAUUGAAUGGGGCGGGGCGACAGUAUCAAUCCCUUCCACGGGACACCAGGUCCCUCGCGAGCAGUGCCGACAGCAUGUUCGGUGAUUUUGAAAACUACUUUGAGGACGAUGAAGACCCCACCCUCUCCCCGGAAGAGAACAGGAAGCGGUUUGAAGAAAGGAUCUUUGCGGACUCAGACGACGACAACGAUGUCUACCAGGCGGUCGAUGAUAUUAGUGAUUCGGAUGACGAUGGGGAUGGACAGCAGCUCCAAGAGCAGGAAUUGCUCGCCAUGCUGUCCGAGGAAGGUCAAAGUGACGCCGACUUCCUUCUCAACCAGAUUGAUGGCCUGUCCGCCUACGGAUUUGGAGACGACAGUGAGGGCUCUAUCUACCGCUUUCCCUCAUCUCAGGGUAGUGACAGCGCCACUGAAACCGCCCCGGAAAGGCGAGUGCACUUUGCCACGGAUGCCGAUCCAGGCAUGUUCUUGCGCAUGUCAGAAUCGCCUACCAUUACUCGUGCCCUGCUGCCCUCAGCACUACCAGACUCUGGAUUAUCGCACCCCGGUGCUGACAGACGCAUCGGCGGGCUGGUCAAUGAUCUAGAUGACUCUGAUCUGACCGACGAUUGUUUGCCGGAGGAGGCCCUUCAAAGCACUCCCCAUGCAGCCGUGGAAGAGCAAGAGAUGUCGCCCUUGACGUCCCCGCCAGCUAAGAAAGCGGGCAAGAAGCCAGCUCGUCGUCGAGGUCCCCCUCGCGGCAUCUUUAUUGACGAAGGUGACAAGACCUCUGGCAUCCUCGAUCCUUCAGGCAAGAUCAUUCUCAUGACCAAUCCUCACUUGCUCGGGGAAGAGUUCGCGCGUCGCUAUGGAGCGUCUCAGACGUCCAGUCCAGACGUUGGCUUUGCAGAGCUCAUGGAGGAGAGCGACGUGGGUGAUCGCGACUCUACUGACCUUCUGGCUAUGCCGGCCGCAGACAUCAUGCUCGCCAGCUUCAAUUCUGCCAUCAAUGACCCGUUCAACCAGGGGCAGGCUGUGGGCCCCUUGGAAGCGUUCUACCCGUCCAACAGCUUCUUUUUUGACGAUAUUAAUGUUGACCAUGGUGACCUAGCGGGAGACUUCCACACCGAUGGGCUCGGGGAAGAUGUGAUCAGUCUCACCGAUGUGAUCCAGUUCGACAGUGGCUCCGACGACAGUGACGCUCCCACAUCGCCCAUCUUCGUCCCUCCCAACCACGAACUUUUAAGCAAUGAUUUCGCCCAUCUCGAUAAUGGCAAUGUGACGGCAUUCCGGCGCAACGCCGAUCCAGCGUUUGCAGCCAUGAGUCAACUGCCGUCAUAUUUGGACAUGGACUACUUAAGUUCGCCUCUGGCAACACCCGCACCCUCACGCCGCCGGAGGAAGAACCAUGUCUCGCCAUACACCUCAUCCCACUACAAAGGGGUAACGCCUGUGCAGCGGAUGCGGGACCCCAAUCACGGUCGAGCUUCCGAUCCUGUGACUCCUGCGAAGAAAAAGCGCAGGCUUAUGACUUGA